AAUGUAGCUUGUGACGAAUUAUACGUGCAGAACUAGAGCGCGACGCACGCGCCUCGUUCAGCCUUGCGCAUACCGCGUUUCACCGUGUUUCGGGUGUGGUUUGGAUUUCGCAUUCACAUUCGCAUUCGCUACGGAAGAAGGGACGAGCCGAGAAGACGUAGCGCCCGUAGGAAUUUCACCCGGCCGUCGAAUGGGCCGCGCACUCGGCUACGAUCGCUUCUAAAAAUAUGCGAAAUGCGGGGGACUGCUUAUUCCGUUCCAGAAGUAUCUUGACGUGCGGCUAGGAGGCCAAGGGAAGACCGCAAUUUUCGAUGAAGAAAUGCACUUACGCAUUCAUUGCGUCAAGCCGUAUCGGGAUUGAGAGGUACCGUUUUGGAAUUUUUAAUCAAGGAGUGAAAUGUGAAAUUCGCAAUUCAAAAGUUCAGGACUAAACGUGUGGAUAUGCAGGGACGUCUAGAUGGGAAGCUGGCCCUGCUCUAUACGUUGUUAGUUUUACAAAUUCUUAUCGUCGUAAUUUACGUGGCCUCUACACCACCACCGGAUAUUAUAGCGCCGACCACACAGACCUCAGUCAGUUUCGUGAAAAUCGAAAAACCGAAGCCAGUACACAAUGUACUACCGUUUGACCACUCAGCAUCGCAUCUUCAGACAAUCAAGAGCAAUAUUUACCUAAAGGACAAACAUACACUGCAAUCAUUCGAAAAAUACAAUCACACAUGGUGUUGGCGAGAUGGAGUAGAUGUAACGAGAAUGGCAAACAGCGAGGAGAUCGAAAGAAAACGGUGCAUCUGUAACCAGGGUUGGCAUGGCACCGACUGUGGCCAGCCAGAAGUAGUGUGGCGAGCGAUUAUGGCUUCCAAGCAAAAUAUCAAAUUAGAACAACGAAAAACGCUGCGACGAAUUGUCUAUGUGUUUUCGUUAAACGAUUACAAUUCAGCAAUUGCUGAAGUAAUAGUGGAGGAACUUUACAAGGUCGUAGAUCUAUUUGUAAUUUGCGAUUUCAGCAAUGCAGAGGAUAAUUUUAAGCACAAGCUUGCGAAAGGUUUGCUGCAACAAGGGCAAGAUAAGAUUUUGUACAUAAAUAUAGCUAGUAAGAUACGUAAGCCAUUAAGAGUGAUAUCUAAGUAUAUAUGGGAAAAAGUAUGUCAGGUUGUGCGGAACUUAAGAGACGAUGAUAUUUACGUGACUACUGAAUCUGAACAAAUUUUAAAUCCACGAGCACUAAUGUUCCUGAAGGUAUACGACGGGUGGCCGCAACCUAUUGGCUUCCGAUUGAGAUGGUCUGUGUUCGGCUUUUUUUGGCAGCAUCCGCUCAAGACUUCAAUUGUAAUUGGUGCAUCAACAAUUAGUUUACUGCGUGAAGCAUAUCAUCAAAAUUCGCUAGUGCUACCUAAAGACUUUGAUGGUGACGUUAGCGAGAGAGAGUCUCUAGGUUUAGUUAUAGGGGAUCUUAAUCAUUAUGGUGGAUGGUACUGCUAUCUCUGUCAAGAUCCUGCCAAUAUCGUAACGUCUCUUCAUCAAAAGGCAAAUGUAAAAGAGAAAAAUGCAAAGCUAAUUAUUGACGUUCCUUACAUUGAAGAUUUAAUAGAAACUGGGAUAUGGUUGGACAACAAGACUGCGCUUUUGAGGGCCUAUAAAUCCCGCGAUCCUUAUUUUGCUCCAGACAUAGUGAUGAAUAACACGUGGAAAUAUGACUGGCUGGUAGAAAAUUUUUAUGCAAAGUUAGACUAUUAUUAACACCCAGGCCGUUACCACAACUGUGAUAUUAUCUCAUACUCGAUACUCUCUACACGCUAAUUAGUGUACAAGAAAUUUAUACAAUAAGUUAAUACGUUGAUUUAGAUAUUAAUGUUAAAUAGUUUGUAUGUAAGAUGUAAAAGAACAUUGGAAUCUAUUUAUAUUAUGAUUUUUAAGUAUAAAUCUUUUCUACUCGUGUUAUACACAUCUCCUUGAAAUAGUCUGAACAAAAUAAUUCUCGUUUCAUGGAGGAAUGGAAUUGUUUUAAAUUUACCAUUUAUAGUUAAGUUUCGAUCCAAAGGGCAUUAUAGUAGCUGACCUAUGAAAAUGAGUACUUUUUUCGAAGAGUCCAAGUUUAGAAUGGACAAACAAUCAAUUUAUUGUCAAUAUGAUUCAAUAAGGCUGUCUUUAUGAAUAAAAAAUACCACAGAUAAUACUGUACUUCCAUUAUUUGUUGUAGUUUUUCUACAGUAUUUAGUUCGUCACAGCAAAGCAAACCGUUAGUCUGAGAUUAUUAACACCUUACUCUUCGAAUGGGUAAUGGGUAUGAAUACGAUUCUAGCUUGAACUUUGCCGUACCAUAUCACAUUAUAAAACCUACUUUCACCAGAUCAAGUUGCGAAUAAGACAGAUAAGAUGUGUAAAACGAAAAUACCGCUCAUAUUUAUGGAUCAGCUCACCUAUAUCUGAAACUUUCCAACGUAUGUGAUACACAAUAAAAAGCAAUUUUCUAUUCAGAAUUUCAUUCGUCAUUACAGCAACACAGUCGUUUCAUUCGCUAAAUUUUCUAUUCAAUCUCCUUCUUAAUAAAACUCUUGAAAAGGAAAACUUUGUUCAUUCAAAACAGUGAAUAUUUAAUAAUAUGAGUAUUAUACUCACCAGUUGUGUUUGAAAAGUGCAAGUGACGUUGCCAUGUACGGUAGCAUGAAAUACAAUGAAAACUGAUGCGCUUUCCACACGUUCCCAGAUAAUUCGACUAAAUUGAAGAUUGAUAUGCUGGCUGCUAUUACCAAGCUCUGCCCAACUUCCAGUCCGUUGACACCAGCCAAUAUAUUUAUAG